GUGCAAAGUUCACAAUAUCAAGGCAUUUUCCUAUCAAUUAGAGUUCCUCUUUCUCCUAUAGAACAAACACAAACAGAGACAGACAGAGAGAGAGGGAGAGAGAUGGAGUUCUAUGAGCAAUAUGCUUCAUAUCCAUUUGAAGAAUGGCUUUCUCAGAGGAAAAGCCACCCUAGCUGGGAAGCCCUUCUGCCCACAGAGCAAAUGAUGAUGAUGAACAUGGACUAUGAGCUCCUCUCCAGUACCCACCCCGGUUUCUCGAACUACGUCGACAGUGCUCUCGAAGAAAACCCGCUCGGCGAUAAUUACUUCCUGAGCUCCUGCUGCGAGGGGUUCUCAUCAUCACCGUCGCUCGAUCAAGAACUCAACUACUCGGCUGGCAGCUACUGUCCUAUCGGCCGGGAUCAGUUCCAGGCACAAGCUGUCAUGGACAAUUCGUCCUACAGCACAUACGAGACACCGAGAAGUAAUCUCCCGGUUCAGGAAGAUAAUUACGCGAUUUUGUCGCUCAUGGAUGAGGAUGUGUUUGGUGAUGAUUUUGAGGCUCCUAUGGACAUUCUAGGGGCUUGUAAGAUGGAGCCGGCGGUCCAGUCCCCUGAACCGGUUCCGGUUCCUGGUGGGCCGAAGGGAAGGGUGAAGAGGCUGGAGGGUCAGCCAUCGAAGAAUUUGAUGGCUGAGAGGAGGAGGAGGAAGCGAUUGAAUGAUCGGCUCUCCAUGCUCAGGUCGAUUGUUCCGAAGAUCAGCAAGAUGGACAGGACAUCAAUACUGGGAGACACCAUUGACUACCUGAAAGAGUUGUUGGAGAAAAUCCGCCUGUUGCAGGAUGAAGUCGAAUUAGGACCAAACCAAUUGAACAUGGUGCAGCUCAUCGAGGAAAUGAAACCAAACGAAAUGCUCAUCCGGAAUUCGCCAAAGUUCAAUGUGGAGAGAAGGAAGGAGGACACAAAGGUGGAGAUUUGCUGCUCAGGGAAGCCUGGCCUCUUGCUGUCCACAGUGAACACAUUGGAAGCAUUGGGACUUGAGAUCCAACACUGCGUCAUCAGCUGUUUCAGUGACUUUGCCCUCCAAGCUUCUUGCUCCCUGGAAAUGGGCCAGAGAGGAAUUAUGGUGAGUCCAGAAGACGUAAAGCAAGCACUUUUUAGGAACGCAGGAUAUGGAGGAAGGUGUUUGUGAGGGAAACAGAGUGACAAAAAAUUUUUGGGGCUAUUCCAUAGGAUCUAUUUUAUUUACCCAAACUCAUGGCUUCGCGAUUAUUGGAUUUGAUGUUUGAGAGGCUUUCCUAAAUUAUAUAUAAUUGAAUUUUCUAUUUUUCACAAGGAUAAAUUAUGAUCUCUUCCCUCUAAUGAAAUACUAUCAGUUUGCAAGGAUU